CAGGCGUGUCGCAGGUGUUUGUUUCUUUUAAACUUGCGGUAGCGUAGUAGAGGUGCGUUACAUGUAGGCUAAAUACCUUUCAGUGUCCUGCUCUCCUCUGCAGACCUCCGUUGAAAAGUAGCUGUGGAGCAGACACACCACCACAGAGCUUAAAUGGAGGGUGAGGGACAGAGCAGAGAGCACCGUGGAGACGGGCAGCAGGACGGCCCAGAUAUGAGCGGGUGUCAGAGUGUCAGACGGCAGAAAAAAUGGGAAGAAAGAAAAUACAAAUUUCUCGUAUUCUGGACCAGAGGAACCGACAGGUGACCUUCACCAAGCGUAAGUUUGGUCUGAUGAAGAAGGCGUACGAGCUGAGCGUGCUGUGUGACUGUGAGAUCGCCCUCAUCAUCUUCAACAGCACCAACCGUCUGUUCCAGUACGCUAGCACAGACAUGGACAAAGUGUUGCUCAAGUACACAGAGUACAGCGAGCCACACGAGAGUCGCACCAACACGGACAUACUGGAGACUCUGCGUAGGAAAGGCCUCAAUCUCGACGGCUCUGAGCUGGACAGUGAGGAGAGCAUGCAGGUGGCUGCAGACAAAUAUCCUCUCAGCGAGGGCAUGGAUCUCUCUGUGGCUCGCCAACGCUUCUAUGCUCCGUCGCUCCUCUCACCGGAGGCCCAGUUCCUGGUGUCUGCAGGAUGUGAGAACGGCUUCCCCAACUCCUCUGGAUCCAACAUGGCGUCCCACAGACCUCCAGGCUUUAAAUCUCUGAGCUCCAGACCCGGCUCUGCCAGUCCUGCUGCACAACACGCACACACUGCGUUCAUGUCUCCACACUCAGGUAUCGGCUACUCCGUGUUUUCCCACGGCAACCUGAAUCGAGCUCUGGAGAUGAAAAGCCCUCCUCCUCUGAGCCUGGGCAGUGAGAACCUGCGGGGAGAGGCUGCUAACCAGGGCAUGGGGGCCACACGUGCUAACCACAACUCUGCUAGGGGUGUCUUGUACCAGGGCCUGCACAGCAGCAGCUCCAUGGUAGCCAUGAGCAAGGCAGGGCUGCUGGGGCACAGUUUGGGAGGCUACGGCCUCCCCUCUCCUGGAGCCCCUGAGUACAGCCCACCUGGUUUUUAUCACUCAGUAAGUCUACAACGAGGGACAAUGAACCCCUGGCAGCCAGCACAUCUGCCUCAGGAGCCCCAUGGGCCUCAUAUAAACCCAGGGAUGUCCAGUGGAGGGUGCUCCUUCCCCUCUCAGUCUUGCUCCUCAGCCUCACCACAUCUGCCCUCCCUCAACCUCAGCAUCAAAUUGGAGCGUAACUCUCCGGAGUACAUGUCCUCGCCCACCUCCCCUCCUCUACACCACCUCCGGCAGCACUCCCCAAUGAGCAACCCUGAUUUGGCUCGCCGGACUCCUCCAGAAGCCCGUCCAGCCAAUGAGACGAAGGAGUUUCCCAAAGCCGGCUACCCGCAAGACGAAGAGGAAGGAGGGCAGCCGCUCAGGCAGUUAGAGAUAAGUGAUGGGUGGCAGAGAUAGCUGGCUGCUGCAGUCUAACACCAUCUCCCAUUUAAUCAGCUAUCUAUCUUCCAUCAAAACCAGUCCUCUCUUACACACACACACACACACACACACACACACACACACACACACACACACACA